AUGUCUCCCGCGCAGCAAGCCAUGAGUGCCCCCGGUCGAGUUUGUGCUCGAUGCGCUCGUAUCGUCUCGGCCAUGUGUGCAAGCCACGGAGUCCCACUGAGAAGGAGUCGGUGGGCGUCUCUCUGCCUGCGACGGCCCUACGGCGACCUCGGGCAUCGCGGUCCCGUGGUGGAUGUCUAUCGUGCAAGGCGAGGUAAAUUCCCUACCCGUGGUGGAGUUGCGCGGUUCGAGAUAGUUUCCGCGAAUGCUGAUCUGGAUCGCGGUCCUAGGAAGAAGAAGUGUGACGAGAACCGCCCUCGAUGUAGCGACUGCCGGCGGUUGAAUCUCCCUUGCCAGUGGUCCAAUGCUAGCAUAUCUGAGACAACCGACACGCCCUCGUCAUCUUCCCCAGAUUCCCAUGCGACGGCCUCACCUCCCCAAGAUCCGAUUACCAUUUCCGACGGCGAUCCGCUGGCUGUGAGCUCCUUGAGCUCUAUCACCCCGGAGGAUGACGAGGAGUUUAUUGCCACGCUGUUCCCACACCCAUUACCCAAGCAGAAUGCCGUUAUACUGCCCCUUGAACGGUCUCCGAUCUCCACAAAUCCAUAUCUCCGUGGAGAAGAGGACCGGUCCCUCUUCAAUCACUAUAUCCACGUCGUGGCACGGGCCCUGUCGCGUUCGCAUGAUCCCGAUCGGAACCCUUUCCUCGUGACGCUUUUGCCGCUGGCGGCCGCGUCUGAUGCCGUGACGAGUGUCAUUCUCAGUUUGAGUGGCUGUCAUUGGAGAAGAGUCUACCCUAGUAUCUGGGGAUGCGCGUUGAAACGGCAAGGACAAGAACUGUUCGACGGCACAUCAAAAGUGUGGAAAUGGCACCUCAAAGCAGCGAGCGCCAUCCUCAAAUCCCCCGCAUUUCAAAACCUUGCCUCCACAGAUGAGUGGACCUUUUGCAUCAGCCUCUUCCACUAUCUUGACGCCAUGUCCACUAUCUCCCGGUGCAAGGCGCCUCUUUUGCACAACAGUGACAGCAUGGCCGAACUGACUACCUCCCUUCGCCGAAACAGCGUACCCCAGCUAGAGCGCAGCCAAUCAACGGAUGCCAUCUACGGUAUCUCGCCCGCGCUCUUCGACUUUUUGGGAAUGGUCAAUUUACUGGCCAAUCAUCGGAGUAAGCGUGUGGACGAGCUAUCCGAGAUUGGCUUCCGAACGGCGGCUUCACACCUGGAGAAUCGGAUCGAUGAGUGGCGCAGAGAUCAUGACCAGAUCACCGAGCUGGAGCCUGAGACGGAGCGCGCUACAACCGCGUUUGAAUGGGCGAUCCGACUGCGGCUACAUCAGGUUGUGGAGGGAUAUGACCCACUUCAUCCAUUCGUGGAGCGGUCGAUUACCAUUAUCCUUGAUUCUGUUCAGCAAAUCCCGUAUGCUAGUCGGGUCGAAGGGUGUUUGCUUUUCCCGUUGGUUAUUGCGGGGUCAAGUAGUAUCAGUAUGGAGCGACGGAUGAUGGUCAAGGAACGUCUUAUGGUGAUGGAGAAUACGCUUGGAUUUGGACAUAUUCAGUAUGCGCGACAAUUGUUGGAGACCGUGUGGAAUGGUGCUUCAUGUGCCACGGAUCUCAAUUGGGCCGCGGUGCGCUAUAGCAAGUUCCCCGGUGUCGUGUUUGUAUAG